AUGUCAACCAAAACUUACUUGGAAAAUGAGCUCAGAGCAGCCAAGGUGUUGAAUUCUGAAUUGAAAGGCUUAAGAUCAUCAGCGGCUCUGUAUGAGCGUCAUGUCCCAUCAUCGAACAUAUUCUUCCUUGCCGAUGAUAAAAAAGCAGUUCAGUCUGCCGCAAAAAAGAGACAAGACGAUUUAGAAAAUAUGCUAGGUGCCGCACAAAGCUGA